AUGCAAAGAGUACCUGUAAAUGGUUGCGAGUUAGAGAACAGUAUGGACACUGUUUCUGACACAGGCAAAGGAAUAAAGAAAAGGAAAAGGGGAAUCAUUUACUUAUCUACAAUUCCUCCUUACAUGAAUGUUGCAAAAAUUAGGGAAAUUUUCAGUCAGUUUGGUGAAAUAGGCAGGAUUUACUUACAAUCAAGCGCAAAGCCUGGUGAAAAACGAAAACGAGUCCCUAAUCAAUUUACUGAAGGUUGGGUAGAGUUUAAGAAGAAAAAAGUUGCAAAAACUGUUGCGGCCAAUUUGAAUAACACACAAAUAGGGACAAGAAAGAAAUCCAGAUACUAUGACAUGAUUUGGAAUAUAAAAUACAUUCCUAGGUUCAAAUGGGUACACUUAAGUGAAAGACUAUCAUAUGAGAAAGCUGCCUUGAAGCAAAGAUUACGAGCGGAAAUAUCCCAGGCGAAGAGAGAGGCUCAAUAUCUACAAAGCAAUGUGGAAAAAAGCAAGAGAAUCAAAAAGAGAAAAGCUAUUGACACCGGAGAGGAAUAA